ACUCUGAGGACAGAAGCCAUCAUGUCGCCUUCAACAAUCUCUAUUGUCGCUAUAUCUGUUUUAGUUUGUAUAUUUUUUGGUACCCUUGUGAGUCUCGUCGUAAUGUGUAAGAUGAAAUUUCAACGACGAAAAUCUAGUGAUACAAGUGACGAGUGUUCUCUUUAUGAUGGGGGUAUUAGUUCAGUAUCAAGUAUUGAUGAAUACAACGAUCCCCAAGCAGAAGCCCGAAUAGCUGCCAACAUGCAGUUACAUGAAUUUUCUGUGAAUAAUACAAACCUUGAUCGCUUAUUACAAGAUGAAGAAUGGGUAGAAGAAAUGAUGAGUCUCGCUCCCUUUUGUUUACAAAUCUUAAAAAAUUGUCAUGCUCUUACAACUAAACUAAAGACAAUGACUGUCAGUCAAGCCAAGGAAAUAAAGCCUUUGGAAAAGUUGGAAGAAAUUAUCAGAGUAGCUAAGAUGAUGACUCCUCGUGUUGAUGAUUUAAUAUAUAGUAUGUAUUCCCCUUUGGACCACCACUUACUCGAAGUCAAGUCUAAAAGACUUAUUCAGAUAGUUAACCAGCUCGUUGUUGUAACUCGAAAUGUUCUCAGGUUGGGGGAUUUUGAAGCCUUUGUAAACGUUUGCCUUGCUGACCUAGACCGCUUACUCAAUGAAAUAAGAGGUUAUGCCGAAAGUAUUGAAAGAAGUUCAAGGAAUAGAGAAGAUCUCAGCUAUGUUAACACCAACUUCCAACACGAUUGUGAAGCUGCUAUAUAA